UAUAUACGUAACUAACCCACUUAUCUUGUUUUAUCAUUGUAUCAGAAUUUGCAAUCAAUCCCAUAAAGCAAGUCAUCUCUUCACUCACUUUGACGAGAUUUUCAUAACCAUGUUUGUGUGACGUUUUUUUUUGUGAUUUAAUUUCCCGACGAAUUGUGAAACAUUUAAAAUAAUUAUUUUAUAAAUUAACGAUUCUUCGGUACAUCAUGUGGAAAGGUCUAAGACUCACCCAAUCGCAGCUAUCAAAGCUACAUUUCAGCGGUUACAAACUUCAGCCAGUCGGUGUACCACCCCUUGACUCUGUAUUGAAUCAGUGGUACGAAUUCUGCAAGAAACCGCCCAAGGGGUUCGAAAAAUAUUUUGAACCACCAACAAGUAAGAAACAACCUAAGACACCAGAGAAAAAGGAUGACAGCCCCGCGCCUUCCAGAAGCUCGCCCUCUAAACCUGGCUCAACUCAAGAUAAGUGGAAUAUGAAUAUGUUUUCUUCCACACCUGGGGGCGGUAGAGGUGGUGGUAGAGGUUCUUAUGAUGGUCAAGACCGAGAAAGAUGGAUGAUGUUAGGAGCUAUUGGUGUUGUAACAUUACUUGGGUCAAUUGCUUACUUUGAACUCAGAUACAGAGAAAUAAGCUGGAGAGACUUUGUGAACUUGUACCUCAACAAAGGCAGUGUUGAAAAAUUAGAAGUUAUUAACAAAAAAUGGGUGCGAGUAAAACUACAAUCUGGAGCCGCAUUAGAUGGCAAAGUUAUUUGGUUUGCGAUUGGUAGUGUAGAUUCUUUUGAACGGAACUUAGAAAAUGCGCAAAUUGAGAUGAGUGUUGACCCACCCAAUUUUGUUCCUGUUAUUUAUAAAACUGAAGUGGAGACGGCAAGUUUAACAGGCAUGCUUCCAACUCUCCUUAUAAUUGGGUUUUUAAUCUACAUGAUGAGAAGAUCAGCAGAUAUGAUGGGGAGAGGCCGUAAGGGAGGUGGAUUUUUUGGUGGUGUCAUGGAAUCUACUGCAAAGCUUAUAAACCCCACAGAUAUUGGUGUCAAGUUCAGAGAUGUAGCAGGCUGUGAAGAAGCAAAAAUUGAAAUUAUGGAAUUCGUCAACUUCUUGAAGAACCCACAGCAAUAUAUUGAUUUAGGAGCUAAAAUUCCUAAAGGAGCUCUACUCACAGGACCUCCUGGUACUGGCAAAACUCUUUUGGCUAAGGCAACUGCUGGUGAAGCCAAUGUUCCUUUCAUCACAGUAUCGGGAUCUGAGUUCUUAGAGAUGUUUGUGGGUGUAGGCCCAUCAAGGGUUCGAGACAUGUUUUCUAUGGCCCGCAAGCAUGCUCCAUGUAUUCUAUUUAUUGAUGAAAUAGAUGCUGUGGGUAGAAAAAGAGGAGGACGCAGCUUUGGUGGACAUUCUGAACAAGAAAACACCCUUAACCAACUUUUGGUUGAAAUGGAUGGUUUUAAUACAACAACAAAUGUAGUUGUUUUAGCAGCUACUAAUAGAGUGGAUAUUUUAGACAAAGCUCUUCUUAGGCCAGGUAGAUUUGACAGGCAAAUCUUUGUUCCUGCACCUGACAUAAAGGGAAGAGCAUCCAUUUUCAAAGUACAUUUGGCUCCACUAAAGUCAACUCUAAACAAGGAAAAUUUGGCCCGUAAAAUGGCUGCAUUAACUCCAGGGUUUACUGGUGCAGAUAUUGCAAAUGUGUGCAAUGAGGCUGCCCUCAUUGCGGCUAGAGAAUCUGCUAAUGACAUUACAAUGAAGAAUUUUGAACAAGCAAUUGAGAGAGUUGUUGCUGGGAUGGAGAAAAAGUCCAAUGUUCUCCAACCUGAUGAAAGGAAAAUUGUUGCGUACCAUGAAGCAGGGCAUGCUGUGGCUGGCUGGUUCUUACAACAUGCUGAUCCUCUACUGAAAGUUUCCAUCAUACCUCGAGGCAAAGGUCUUGGUUAUGCUCAGUACUUACCUAAGGAGCAAUAUCUAUACAGUAAAGAGCAAUUGUUUGACCGUAUGUGUAUGACCCUUGGUGGCAGAGUAAGCGAAGAACUAUUCUUUGGUCGAAUCACCACAGGGGCUCAAGAUGAUUUAAAAAAGAUUACACAAAGUGCAUAUGCUCAAAUAGUGCACUACGGCAUGAAUGCUAAAGUAGGCAAUGUGUCUUUUGAUGUACCACAACCAGGAGAAAUGGUUAUUGAUAAACCUUACUCAGAAAAAACUGCUGAGCUGAUUGAUUCUGAAGUGAGAGAUUUAAUAAAUUCGGCACAUAAACAUACCACAGAAUUAUUGACAAAACAUAAGGAAAAUAUAUCCAAAGUUGCUGAAAGAUUGUUGAAACAAGAAAUUUUGAGUAGGGAUGACAUGAUUGAAUUACUGGGACCUAGACCAUUCCCGGAAAAGAGCACUUAUGAAGAAUUUGUAGAAGGCACAGGUUCUUUAGAGGAAGACACAACAUUACCCGAAGGCUUAAAGGAUUGGAACAAAGAGAAAAAGAGUGACAAAGAGCCAGACAGUUUACCAACUGCCACAGGUGCAUCGCCUGCAAAUAGUAAAAACUAAGCCAUUUUAUUUUAGUAUAUUAGUAAAUUGUUGUUCUUUUUUAGUCCCUUUACUUUAAUUACCUUUUAAGACUUAAAGGGUUUUAUAUAUCAUCUGCUAUCGAUGUAACUAGAAUUUUUGGUUGGUAUUUGAAUCUAUUUAACUGGAAGAUAUAUAAUAUAUAAUAUACUUACAGUACUUCAGAUUGGUAAGAAAAUGGAUAAUCAUCUUAGAAGUACAUAACUGUUGAACAAUCAAUUAAUCGUUUAUAUAAGGCUGUUUGCAUUUCUAUCCCUGUAUAAGUGCUAAUAAUAAUAGAUAGUUGCUUCAAGUUUCCUUAUUACCCUGGUUUUGUACAUUAAAUAAAUUCUAGUAAUA